CAGUGGAUGGGGAGGAGCUGAGAAAGAGGGAGAGAGAGAAAGUGUAUGUGUGUCCCCUGCGUGGCAAAUGGGAAUAUGGAGGAGGAAGAACAAUAGAAAAUAGAUAACAUUCUUACUUUCAAGGAAACAAGUUGUCACGGCUGUUCAGCUGUUUUCCUUUCAUUUCCCACCCAGCUUUAUUGACAUACUUGAUGCACACCAUUGUGUAAUGUUGGGUGCACGACAUGUUGAUCUGAUAGACUUCCGUGGUGUGACAUUACCACAGGAGGGCUAGCUAACACCUCCAUCCCUUUACGUUAAUUACCAUUUCCUUUUCCUGCUGUGAACACUUGAGAUUUCCUCUCCUAGCAACUUUCACGAAUCUACAUGCUACUGUACUGUUAAGGACACUCGCGGUGCUGUGCCUGAGACGCCUAGAGCUCUAUCCUGGGAGCCAGAAGUUUGUACCCUUUGGCCGACCUGUCCCCACCCAUGCUGUUGUUUUCAAAGGUCUGUACUUCAGUUGGAGACUCUGAAUCUGAGCAGAUGCAGGUUCCACACCCAGGGGUUGAGAAAAUAGAUUGGACUGGAAAGAAAGCAGGUGGCCAAUAAUCAUCUGAAAACUGGAAAUAUUCACCAGGAACCUUUUUAUCUGCUUGUUGAUUGUCUGUCAUGUUUCUGUCUGAGACCCGCUCGGCUGUUUACUAGGCUCCACACCCAGGACACAUGCUUGAGCUUGAAUUUACACCGUGAGACUGAGAUCUGUGCUGAGAUCCAGAGUUGGAAGCUUAACUGAACUACCCAGGCCAAGACUAAGAAUGAACAUGUGGUCUCUGAGCUCAUAACAACUGAAAACACAGUGAAGAAGGAAGCAUGGUUGGAAUGGGAACAACAGCCUUGGAAUUAAUGCUUUGUCAUGGAGGAUCUUCAAUACUGCACAAUUAAGAGUCCUUCCGUGCCUCAGCCAGCGGCUGAAGUUGGGUGUAGCAGAUAUGGACCUUCUUCUCACUUCUCCCCUUCUCCAUCCCGCUAGCAUGUCUCUAAACUUGGAAAACCCAGGACCAGAUGCCAAAAUAAAUGCCUUAUCCCCAUUGCUUUGGGAUGCUUUAAAUGCUUUUUGCUCUCUAAAGUGGAGUCUGUCGAAUGACAGAGACUUUUUCUUUUUAGCUUUCUUUUAAAAUGCCUGAGAGCCAAAAAAAAAAAGGAAACAAAGAAAGAAAAAAAGAAAGAAAAAGAAAAGAAAAGAAAGAGAAAGAAAAGAAAAAGCUCAAAUUGAGGUUGAGAGACCAACAUCGUAGGAGCAAGAACCCGGUCCGCUCCGCUCUUCCCGGGCCUGGCCGCUCAUAUUCAGCACCGCGGACAGCUCCCCGCCCCGCCCCAAGCCCACCGCACCCUCCCCUCCGCCGCUGGCAGCCUUGCCAUUGGCUCUCCCAGCUCCCCUCUUGAAGCUGCCAAUUCUACACGUAGACCCAACCUACCCAGGAGCUUGUCUUCUCGCCUCUCCAGCGCCCGGGGUAGCCCAGGCCCGGGAGAGAGCCGCGGGGCUUCCGAGUCUCGGAGGGUGGUUGUCGGCACUCGACCAGGCUUGCUGAGACGCUGCCCGCUUUCUACACUUCGUCCCCGGCCCUCGCCCUGUGACAGACGCUUGGCUCAAGAUGAAUCUCAACUUCACCUCCCCUUUACACCCUGCGUCUUCUCAGAGGCCCACGUCCUUCUUCAUUGAGGACAUCCUGCUGCACAAGCCCAAGCCGCUAAGGGAGAUGGCCCCUGACCACUUCGCCAGCUCUCUGGCCUCCCGGGUGCCUCUGCUAGACUAUGGCUACCCCCUCAUGCCCACACCCACCCUUCUGGCUCCUCACCCCCAUCACCCUCUGCAUAAGGCAGACCACCACCACCCCUAUUUCCUCACCACCUCGGGGGUGCCGGUGCCGGCGUUGUUCCCGCACCCCCAGCACACCGAGCUGCCGGGGAAGCACUGCCGCCGCCGCAAAGCUCGCACGGUUUUCUCGGACUCGCAGCUUUCCGGCCUGGAGAAGAGAUUCGAGAUCCAGCGCUACCUGUCCACGCCGGAGCGGGUGGAACUGGCCACGGCCCUCAGCCUGUCCGAGACGCAGGUGAAAACGUGGUUCCAGAACCGCCGCAUGAAGCAUAAAAAGCAGCUGAGAAAAAGUCAGGAUGAGCCCAAAGCGCCAGAUGGGCCCGAGAGCCCUGACGGCAGCCCCCGCGGCCCAGAGGCCGCACCUGCCGAGGCUCGGCUGGGCCUGCCCGCCGGCCCCUUCGUGCUGACCGAGCCCGAGGACGAGGUGGACAUUGGGGACGAGGGGGAGCUGGGCCGGGGGCCGCACGUGCUCUGAGCCGCGUGGCUGGGGAGGCCGGGAGGACGCGGCGGGGCGGGACGCGGUUCCCUCCGGAGCCGGAACGCUCGGACUUGGGUCCGGGGGCUGGCCUCCGAGCUGCGCUCCUGGAAGACAAACAAAACACACCUGUCAACCCUCGAACUCGCGCGGAGCCCCAGCGGCUCGGCCCACGCCCUCCCCCCUCUCCCUCUCGCCGGGCCCCUGCCGGGCGAGCGUGCACCUGCGUUAGCUCAUUCCCGCGCCCCGCGUCUUAAGUGGCGCAAGCUGGGCCCUGGGCUCUCGGCUCUCUAAAGCCGCUGCGAUCGCAGAGCUUCUCGGCCCUCUCUUGUCCGCUACCUGCCCCCAGCUCCGUUGUCCAGGCUCCGCGACCUCUCCACUCGGACCCUUUGCCUUUCCUUGGGUAGACCGAUUGGCUGCAGGUAAGGGACCGGGGGUGUGGGCCUUCCGCUCUGCGGGGAUCCAGGUAGAACCACAACCAGAUGCUUAAGAUGUCUGUGCCGGACAGACUCGCGCGCUGCUAGCCACUAACCUCCCACUGGGGUUCCCCCCAUCUCUAACUCAAAAACUAAGGCGACAACCCCUCCUCAGGGCGGCGCUUCCAUUCUCUCCCGUCACUGUUCCCCUCCUGAGCUUCCGGUUCGGCACCCUGGCACCCUUAAGCUUGUGGCCUCCGGGCACAGCCGCUCUAUGCGCCCCCCGCCCCACACCCGUCCCGGUACUGAGCGGCGACCAAGCGCGGCGAGAAACUUGGGCAGGAAAACUUACCGAGCAAUUUCUGCCUCCCGACCUUGCUGCACCUGUCCCGCACCUUACACGUCCCAUGGGCUACUGGUAUUUUAAAAGUGAGUGUUCCUUGGGCUGUGUGUGGAAGUGCUCAUUUUAGUUGCAUUUUUAAGGAAUGCGGAGUUUUAGCGAGACUAAAGCUAAAUACGCAUCCCCUUCCGGACGUGCACUUGUUUGUGGACUAUUGAGGUGGGGCAGGAGUCUGGCCCAGCGCGUCGCCCCUCUGCCUUUCCCCUAGGAGGUCUUCUAUUUUCUCCCCCGGCUUGCAGUCUCUUUAGAUAAUAAAGGGCUCGCCGCGCAAAACUGGGAACGAACCGAGUUUCCGGGAAUCGUUUGUUAACGCGUCCUCCUCCGCGCACGCCCCCUCCCCUCCGCCCCAGGCGGUGUCCAGGUCUCGAAAGGAAUGAACAGGGCUAAUAACCUUUCGUUGACCGAUCCCCUCACUCCCACCC